AUGGAUGUGACAUCAUUAUAUACAAAUAUUCCACAUCUAGAUGGCAUCUCAGCAGUUGAAAAGUAUCUUAAAAAGCACAGUAAUGACAAACACGAAAUCCCGUGGAUCAAAGAAGCAGUAAAUAUGGUUCUGAACACCAACAAUUUUGUAUUCAAUGACAAACAUUACCUCCAAAUCAACGGAACAGCAAUGGGAACCAAAAUGGCGCCUAAAUAUGCCAACACAUUCAUGGCAAAUUUAGAAUCAAGGAUGCUACAAACAGCCAAGAUCAAACCGCUCUACUACUUCAGAUAUAUCGACGACUGUUUUCUGAUAUGGACACACGGCGAAACCGAGCUCAAAGAUUUCCUAAACCAUGCAAAUUCAAUACACCCUACCAUUAAAUUUACUUUCGAUUAUUCAACGGAAAACAUUGCCUUUCUAGACAUAAAAGUUCAUAUAAUAGACAACAAAUUAGAAACUGAAAUUUUCACCAAAGAAACGGACUCUCACCAAUACCUUCUACCCUCCUCGUGCCACCCUAAGCACGUCACUGCAAACAUUCCCAAAGGACUAUUUAUACGCAAAAGAAGAACAUGUUCAACGGAAGAAUUCUUCACCAAGCAUGCAGAAAUUAUGAAAAGCUACCUGAUAAAAAGAAAUUACAAACAAACCUCGAUUGACAAAACAAUAGGCAUGGUAAAAGAAAUAACUAGAGAUUCACUGUUAACACCAAAAAGAAAACACAAUGAUCAACAACUAUUGCCAUUCGUUACUAAUUACCAUCCUAAUCAACCAAACUUCGGAAACAUUUUCUCUAAAUAUCAAUACAUACUAAACAACAACGAAAGACUGAGAAACAUCUUCCCGGCACCCCCCAAAAUUGCAUACAGGAAGUGCCCAACAUUACGGGACAGACUAGUUCGGGACAAGUUGAAACCGGAAUCAUCAAGAGAAGUAAAAUCAGGCUUCUAUAAAUGCAACAGGAAAUCAUGCUCAACCUGCAAAUAUUCAGAGGAAACUAAAACAAGCACUAGCAGCGUCACAAGACUUCAAAUGAACAUCAAUCAAAGAAUAACGUGCAAUUCAGAAAAUGUCAUAUACCUGAUAACCUGUAGAAAGUGUGGCAUGCAGUACGUCGGUGAAACAGGCAGACAUUUAAAAUACAGAAUUACAGAACACAUUAGAAGCACCAAUCAAAAAAACAAAGACCUUGCAGUUGGCAAACAUUUCAAUCAGUCAGGCCAUUCCAUCAACGACUUUCUGGUAAUUGGAAUAGAAAAACAAUAUCGAGAUCAAGUAUACCGGCAAACGAAAGAAACCUAUUUUAUUAACAAAUUCAAAACAUUAGAACCACUAGAGAUGAAUUUAAGAGAUGGAUAA